AUGGAAGAAUUAGGGCUUCCUCUGAAAAGGGUGUCGCUGCCAUUUGACUCUAGCCAGACUUUAACAACGCCCUCGCGCAACAUGGAGGACGGGGGGUUUCCGAAUGGUCGAAGUCAUAGCCACCUCCUCCAGAGUCUAAUACAACAAGGAGGCCCAAGUGAUGGUAUAUCGCGUGCGACGUCCCCAGGGCUGAGUUUUGGCGCCAAUGGAGUGGAUUUCGAACAGCAGAAGCGGUAUCGACCACGGACCUUCCCAUACUUCAAGCUUCUACCAUACGAUGUUGAGGAAGAGGGGGAGAGGAAUGCUGCCUUGGAGGAGAUUCUGAAGCAGCUCUACAUCGCGAUAAAGGCGGAAGACAUAGCUCCUGGGGCGGUUCAUUGGACCAGGGAGCUCAAGGGAUGGCUGAAUCUCAAGUUCGAGAUCACGCGGGCCUUGCGUGUUAAGCUGGUAAAGCUAUAUUACAUGCUUGCUUUAGCACCUGGGGUAGAUUAUGCUGCUGCCGAGAGAUUUGAGAGCAUGUUCCGUACUCUUACAAAGAGAAAGCACUACCUCAAACCGGGCGACGACCUUGUGCUGGAUUGGCGACCACUAUGGAAAGAAAUCAAAGCCAUUGUCUUGCCUUACGAGAUAGCUUCGCACCAAGCACCACGAAAACGAAGCCACAAAAAUAUCGCCAGCAUGUGUACCUAUGCAUAUCAAUACUUUGACCCUCGUGAAAGGAAAGCUAUGUUAGACGAGAUACUGCCAUAUUUCAGCACCUCGGAAAUCACUGGUGCUUUUAUUGUAAUGGGAGCCUUGAAUAUGCUGAUGCCGACUCAUCCAGCACCGAACGAACCAGGUCAGCUGCAGCCGCAAGACUAUCUUCCGACCUUCUUUCAUCUAUGGUCGCUAGUGAACAGGUCAAAGGCAUUUGAUGUCAUAUUUUUUGACCUUUUCUCAAGGCUGGCUCGAGACUCGAUGACGAGCGAACACGUCCAGUUCUCUGAGUUUGGUAUUUUCACUAAAGAUCAAUCCGAUCUUAUAUUCACGGCCUUGUUGAGGUUGACCGAGAUACCCGUGGGACAAGCAUCCUCUCCAUAUUGUCAGAUGGUCGACCUUGGCGCUGGUCUCGGAAUGUAUCUGGAAAAGGACAAGAAGAAGAACCCCCUGGGCUAUUCCAUCGCCCGUUGGAUAGUUAUGUCGCUCUCGCCUGCUUGCAUUGAUAAACCAGGCUCGAUUCUUUCUAACUUAGAAGGCAUGAUGGAAUCAAUCGAUACGUUUUUUCAUCCAUCAAACCAGGGUGCUUGGACGGACGUGCUGGCACAAAUCGUCUUUCACUUGGUUGAUUUCUUCGUCAUGCGCUACAAUCGAGAACAAAGCGGGGAAUUAGAUACUCCUCCGGAGCGUCGGAUCAAUGAUGAGUUGAAGAAGCGAUUUGUCUUGAGCUUGAAAGAAGUUAUGUUUAUGGGCCUUUUCUCGAAAAAAGCCAAGCCCCUGAACUACUUUUUCGGCGCGAUUCAAGGUUUAGCGUACCUAGAACCUCAUUUGAUUUUGCCAGGGGCUCUCCAGCGAUUCUAUCCCUCUUUGCAGGGCUUAGUUGAGGUACAUCGGACCCAAUCAUCACUUUGUGGUCUACAAAUGACUGCCAAUGUUAUGUCCAAACACAAAGGGCUUCGUUGCCAUCUCACUGCGCUUUUAGCUUUGGCGUUACCGGGUAUCGAUGCCAACGAUUUGUCUAAAACACAGCAUACUCUAAACUUCAUCCAAUCGGUGGCCUAUAGCAUACCGUUUGUGGACCUAACGAAAGAGCAUGAUGACGUUCACGAUACUACACUUGCUAUCCAGUGGGUCCAGGGUGAGAUGGAACGUAUGGAGAAGGAAGGGCCCAAUGUUCAGAUCGACUAUCGAACUGAACUGAGUGAUGAGGAUGAGGCAAUAAUUCUUCGGUCAUCUACAGCUGGGUUUGGCGAAUUUGUUAUGUCUUUGCUUGGGAAAGUGUUCACUCUCUUGGAGAAUCUCCCAGAAGCAUCUCGAGUGCGAUCCGGAUCUCCUGAAGAGGCUGUCAUCAACACCUUACCAGCGGCUCUCACUCCUUUGUUUGCUGCGCUUUCACCGGAGAUUUUCGACAUGGCUUUGGAGAAGGUCGCCACAUUUGUGGGAGGCCAUGUGGUACAUCAAGCCCGGGAUGCCAUGGCUUUCAUCUGCAAUGCACUUUGCAAAGCCAAUCCGGAGAAGACGCUAAAAAUAUUCGUACCGAUGCUUGUCGUCGGCAUCCGCAAUGAGAUCGAUUACAACGAAGCUGCCUCUGAUAGGAGCAGCGGUACAGACGUACUGCCUAGAGAUCGCGCAUUAGUAUGGCACAUUAGCAUGCUUAGUAUGAUCAUCGUGCACGUUGGCAAUAGCCUCAUGCCUUACAAAAAGGAAUUGUUUGACAUUGCUCUCUAUAUGCAGGAGAAGUGCCGAGGUAUCCCAACUAUUCAUGUAUCCAAUUAUAUCCACCAUCUGCUUCUCAAUCUUACCCUCAUCUACCCAGUGGAUGGCGCGCUCUAUGAGCCAGAGGUAUUUGAGAAGGGGCUGAGCGUCGAAGAUUGGGGGGCAACUGUGGGACCGAACGCCCUCACCAUCAACUGGCACCUUCCCUCCACAGACGAGAUCGCGUUUGCUGUUGAGUUGUUUGAGUCUCAAGUCAAAACAGCGGUGCAGCGUUUGACGAAUCUCAUCAGUGAUAACCCGACAAUUAGCAGGAAGGGGAAGACCAAGGAAUGGUCUGACGAGGUGUCGAGAAAUCUAUCUCAGCUGCGGCUGAUAAUCUCAGGCGUGUCUACCUUGUUCGACCCAAAGAAAGCUUCUGGAAGAGCCGACAACCCGGCGGACCAGGAUGGGGAUAGCAGAAUGGAAGAAGCCGAUGCAACAUCUGAUGAUGACAACCCACUCGCUGAGGCGGCAGAGGACGCAGAAACGAGGCCUCAAUUCCAAUACCGCGCAGGGUAUCUGAUUGACAAGAAUAGUAGUACAUAUUCCCACCUCCAUAAAUUGCGCGAGGACGUUGGAUAUCUUCUGUCAAAGAUACAUAACUUCCUCAGUGAGCACCAGGAAGAUGAUGUUCCCUGCUUCACCGCCUUAUACUCAGCCUAUCGUACCUGGAUCACAGAUGUCGGCAAUGAGCGAUCUGCUCACAUGCUAGAGCGGGUAACGCGACUCUAUGCUAGUGAUAUUCGUGCAUUCAAGAUCAGUGGUUUGCGGAAGUCGUACCCGCGGCCACUCCUUGUAAAGCGAGCGGGAAUAUACCACUUCCAACGAGCGAAGCAUAACUCAUCCGCCAGACACAAGUCCGACCUCGAUAAGAGGCUGCUCCUAGAACUUGCCGCAUCCUCCGUUUCGCUGUAUGCUGAGGUUCGCGUCAAUGCCCAGUCCGCUCUCGAGGCUGCCCUGAAGUGUAUCUUAGCAGGCAGACGUCUUGUCAUCCGCCCGUUAUUGGCCACCUUCAGAAAGGCAUUGGAGACCGACGAUUUUGAUAGGAUAAAAGGUUCUCUAUAUACGUUAUUCUUUGGAAGCCUAACAAAGACUAUCUCCAAAGAUUGGCGAUUUGCUCCUGAAUUGGUUGAACUUUACAUCAAAUCAGCUUCUGUUGAUAAGCCAUCGAUACAAAAGAUCAGCGGGCAGGCGCUCUAUGGCGGUCUUGUGGAGUUUGGAAAAUCUCUCGAGCAAUUUAUGAUCAUCGAUCAAGAUUUAGUGCAACCAUUGGAGCCCAAGGAUGACUAUUCCUCACAAAUCAAGUCUCGUCAUAGCUUCAUCUUGGAACGCAGAAGCAGGGUAGAGGCUAAAAAGCAGGAGCUGGCAUUGAGAUUGGUAGAGAUAUCAAAGAAUUCGCAUUGGAAGAUCGCCGGUCGAUGUACUAUCUUCAUUCUCAAUUCUGGCCUUCGUAUCCAGACUCUCGCAUCGCCACCUAUUGUUGAUUUAGCGGUCCGAGGCUCCAUUGAUGAUCACCCCGGGCUCCGCAAUAGCUACGCCGAAGCAUUCAUCCGAAUUUUCAACUAUAUCGAAACUCGGGCGGUAUACGGGCACAGUGCCGAAAAGUACAUUCGCGAAGAGGAGACUCAAGUUAAUAGGAUUGAGGUGACCGUUAGAAGUGAUGAUCCAAGUUGGACUGAGGAGUUUCUCUCGGGGUUUUCUAACCCAGAACUACCUGAAUACUUUGUCGAUAAAGACUUCCCCGGAUGGCUGGUCUGGGGUAAGAGUUUCAAGGCUUUGAAAGCUCGUCCAGUCGAGUUCACAGACUAUGAUGAAUUAGAAACCACCCUCAGGAAGCAGAUCGGUGGGCUCUUGACGCGUGAUUGGUACGCGAAAUACUUCGGAUACAUGAAGCAAGAACCUCGUGACUCAACUGCCGAUCGAUUUAGAGUUCACAAUGCUGCUCUCUUGAUACAGACAUUCGACCUUACGCUUAGUGACUUGUCAGCUGCUACCUUUGAAGAUAUCAAGGAUUUAAUCCAGACGACUUUCGAAGAUGGCUCUGACAAGCAUCAACAUCGUGCUACUUCAGAAAUAUUAGCUGCUCUUCUGAUAUCCGUCAUGGAACGGCCAUUAGAGAUCCGCAAUAAAGUAUGGAGCUAUGGUGUGCCCAUCUUGUUAGCAGUCUUCGCAGAUGGCUUGACACCUGAGAACAUCACAUAUUGGAUGACAUGCCUCCAUAUGAUUAUUGGUGGGAAAGAUCCGCGUCAGUCUCGGGAGAUAUUCGACAGCCUUGUCGCAUUCCGAUUAGACAUGUCUUCCAACGCAGCUUUCAAGGAAAGCUCCAAAGUCCAACUUCUGGAAUUCGCAAUCCAAGACGCUGGAUGGCAUUUCCAUUCAGAGAAACCCAUCCUCCAAGAUUUCCUUGCACAUAUUGACCACCCUUACAAGGCGGUCCGAGAAGCCAUUGGACGGUCAAUUGCAUCGAUCUAUCGCACCCGAUAUUAUGAGGCUUUCAAAGAUGUGCAGACCCUUCUAGAUAAAAACAAGGAAGCCUCUUCAAUAGGUAUAAAACCUUAUACUCCGACGGAAGAUUUCACCACCACUCUCAAUGAAAUUUUCGAGAGACUUGAGGUGUGGCGUGGAGAACGCACUCCUGGCCAGCAGACGCCUUCAUCUUAUACCUCGGGUAGUAAGACUGUUCUGUUGUGGCUUGAUACGACAUUACAAUCAUACGAAUGUACCCAACUACUGGACUACUUUCCCGACCUUUUCAUGGAACAGCUUCUUCAUAUGAUGGAUGUAAAGGAAGAUCCAGAACUUCAACGCCUAGCUUAUCAAGUCUAUCGCCACCUACCGAACAUCCCAUUCCGGGCUAGAGAAGAUGGUGCUUUCAUCUCGGCUCUCAUCCGCAUUGGCAAGGUAUCCACGUCUUGGCACCAACGUCUGCGAACAUUGAUCAACAUGCAAGUCAUAUAUUUCCGGCGAAUCUUCCUCAUCAGACCUGAACAACAAGAAGCGCUCUUUGAGGCUGUUGCAGACAUGCUUGAGGACACCCAACAUGAAGUCCGAAUGGGCGCUUCCACUACGCUGGCAGGCAUGAUCCGCUGCUCACCCAUCUCGCUUCGUAACAAUAUCCUAUCUUCCUUGAAGUCGAAGUUCAUCAAAGCUUUACUAAACAAUCCCAUGCCGAAGAAACAACCUGGAACUAGCACACCUCUGACCAACAACCAGCAAAUAAUCCGGCGCCACGCAGCUGUCUUAGGACUCGGUGCACUGGUCAAUGCGUUCCCCUAUGCAACACCACCACCAGAAUGGAUGCCGGAAAUCUUGGCAACCCUUGCUUCGAAAGCUGCGAGCGACGCUGGGGCCAUUGGGAAGACAGUCAAAACGAUCUUGGCAGACUUUAAAAAGACAAGACAGGACACUUGGGUUACGGAUCAGAAGUAUUUCACCUCCGAACAAUUAGAGGAUUUGGAAGGCGUCUUAUGGAAAUCAUACUUCGCGUAA